CGGGGGCGUCGCAGCAGUAGCCGCCGCAGCCGUAGCCGCCGCCGCGGUCGCCAUGGGCACGCUGUUCCCGUCGCUGCUCCCCCGGGUCACCGAGUCCCUGUGGUUUAACCUGGACCGGCCCUGCGUGGACGAGAACGAGCUGCAGCAGCAGGAGCAGCAGCAUCAGGCCUGGCUCCAGAGUAUCGCCGAGAAAGACAACAAUCUAGUGCCCAUCGGCAAGCCGGCUUCCGAGCACUACGACGAGGAGGAGGAGGAGGACGACGAGGACGACGAGGACAGCGAGGAGGACUCGGAGGAUGACGAGGACAUGCAGGACAUGGACGAGAUGAACGACUACAACGAGUCGCCCGACGACGGGGAGAUCAAUGAGGUGGAUAUGGAAGGAGCCGAACAGGACCAGGACCAGUGGAUGAUAUAAAAGGUGCGGGGGCAGGUUGCAGACGAGGCCGGCGAGGAGGGGUGGGGUGGCACCAUGGGUCCCCACCACCCUGGCACGGCUGGCACCUCCAACCGGCCCGGCUCUGGGGUCGUGCCAAGGCUGCCGGGCCUGGACAGAGGAUGCCCGGCAGCCUGACCAGGAACGGACACCGGACGGUGCCCCCCGCCGGGGUGGUCUCGCGAAUAAAGACACGUGGUGGGUC